AUGGAAAGCCCACCACUCCCGGCAGAGAUUUUGUAUCAGAUUUUCGAGCAUUUCUGUCUACAUUGUCAAGAGAAACAUUCCGCCUCCCACGAGCCGAUCUUAGAUAAUAAGAAGGAUAAGGACCGCCGGGCUCUCUUCAGCCUUAGCAGCACAUGCAAGAGCUGGGGAUGUGUUGCACAGAAUAUCCUCCAUCACUGCUUCAAAAAUUCACAUGAUGAGGAUCAGAUCAAGUUCUGCAGGACAAUUUGCGAGAAUCCAAAACUUGGCGAGCAGUUACAAGUCGCCAUCCUCAAGCAACACGUAGUCGGCGACCAGCAUUUACUUCACUCCUCUUGGUAUAAGGAAUCCAUGGUUAGGUAUGGGCACUUGCUUGGGCAGAAACCGCUGAAGCCACAGAGCUCUGUUACCACCUGGGGAGAUUAUAUCGCACCGAUUAUUCUGCUUCGGGCAACCAACCUCAAGCUUCUCUUCGUUCACUGCCUAUACAGGUCGUCCAUUUUCCAAGAAUUCAGUAUGGAAGCCGUCAUAAAGAACAAAUCUCUGACUCCGAAACUCGAGUAUCUUUCGGUGGGGCAACAGCGAAUAUCCCGCUUCUGGUAUCAUGAACCACAGGUUGAAACAAGUCUAAAUACUUUAGGGGGAUUUCUCAUGAUAUUGGAAAACCUCCAGACGCUUUCCAUAUCGCGACCUACCUUUAAAAGUCUUCCAGAGAAGCUCCCAUUACAGAAGCUACGCAGGCUUCGGAUUGGUAAUGCGUGCCUUUCCAAAGAUGAGCUGCAGAGACUCAUCAACAGCACAGGAAAUCUGGAAGAGUUUGUCUAUAGGGAGAUUGAAGACACGGGUGGAUCAACACUCACGGUUACAUCUCAGGAGAUCUUUGAGAUGUUUUCACCCAUGAAAGAUACACUCAAGAGAGUCGUUAUGAAGAUGUACAGCUCAGAACGUCCCCCUAAUGGCUUGGCCCAGCUAGUCAAGCUGCAACAGUUGCGAGUCAACGCAGGAGUAUUAUGCGAUAUCCCCACCAUGAGAACUAAUGGUCUGGACCUUGCAAAGGAUGUCCUGCUCGAUGUGUUCCCACCGAACCUACAGACGCUAUGCCUUGAUCAUAGCCACACGGACGCACCUCUAUAUCGAGAGGCUUUGGCGUCUUACAUAUCGUAUACCUACAGAGAACCCCCCCAGGAGCAAAAAUUAAAAGAGGUGACUCUUCAUUUUGUGGAUAAAUCCAUUCCAAAUCCAGCACCGUGGACAGCGCCUGUUCUACGCCGGCCGUUGAGGGAUAGGAACGCAAGUGAAGGGGAGUGUCUACGCAGCGAAUGUAGCCCAUUAUGGCUUGAGAAUGGAUGUAUAACCGUCACGACAGCACCGUUCUUAUGGUAUAGCUGCGAUGAGGUUGGUGAAAACACAAUGUUGCCGCCUUAUGAUAUUUAG